AUGGCUGCAGUUCGACAAAGCUUACCCUCUGCGUUUUGCGAUAAUGAGAAUCAGGCAAAGGUCAACGAGCAUCUAAAAGCCGUUCAGGAGCAAGUCGCCCAGCACUUUAAUUGGGGUCUGGACAGGAUUGAGAAAAUCCUGCCAUGUACGCCUUAUCAGCGUGAUGUGAUAGAUCAUGCUAUCAAGAAUGAUCAACGUACUGUCGGCUACACCGUCUAUGAGGUUCUGAACAACAUGGAUAUUGAAAAACUGGCCGCAGCUUGGAAGGAAGUGAUACGUUGCGUUCCGGCCCUACGAAGCCUCGUAUUUACAUCGGAAUCCGGGGAGCAUUUUCUUGUAGUGCUUUCUGAGAGCUUUACUUGGAUACGCUUGGAUAACCCAGAUGUGAAU